AUGGAAGACAAACUGACUGAACCAUGGACAAACAAGGCUACAAGGGCUUGUAGCCUUGUAGCCUUGUUCCAACAGUCCAACAGUGAUGAGCUUAGCAGCUUAGACUUCCAACUGCAUGCUAGGAGAGGGUGCGAGGCCCCUGUGGAGGCCGCUGAUGGUCUCAAGAUGCACGCUCUCUGCUACUGCAUGGCCUUCCUCAAUCUGACGGAGGCAAAACCACUGCAGCAAGUGUGUCAGGUGUCCUACCUGUACGUGCUGCCCGUCCUGUUGGGCUUGACAGUCCUGACCAAUGCCCUUAACGUGGCGGUGCUGCUCCGUCCGCGACCCACUGCCCGCCCGCGACAGACUCCCGCCCGCACCUAUCUUCUCUGGCUGGGUCUUUCCCACUGCGCCAUCUGCGGUUUGGUGGUGCUCGCUCUGUCCCUCGGCAGACGUUGGGGUCUGCCCUAUGCUUGGGCUUUCUACCUGGCGCACGUGGAGGAGCCGCUGUACGGCAUGUUCAACUGUAGCUGCGCCUACAUUAUCGUGGCGCUGUCCCUGGAGCGUUACCGCGCCGUGCGUCAGCCCCAUCAGUACUCGGCCAUCGAAAAACCUGUUCGGAGGGUCACCAAAAUAGUGUUGGCCUACGUUCUCCCUGCCGUCUUUUACCUCCCAAAAUGCUUCGCUCAGGCUGCAGAGUACAGCGAGCAGCAACACGGAUGGAGGGUCACCCAAGGCAUCAUCUUUGACACCGCUGCCUGGAGGGUGUGGUCGAUAGUGCUGGAACUUCUACACCGCGUCGUGCCUUCAGUGACGCUAGUGGUGCUGAAUCUUCUCAUUCUUCAAGCGGUGCGGCGGGUGCGGGCCGUGCGGGCAGCCAUGUGCACAUCACGCAAGCGGAGGGAAAGCACUCAAGCACCAGCCUUACCUCAGAGCUCGCCCGCACUGUUGCCAAUUGUUUGGAGAUGA